AGUUCUGGCAGCGUUUGAUGACGUUUGUUAUCUGAAGCGCAAAACCGCGUGAAAAUGCUAUUCUACUCGUUCUUCAAGUCUUUGGUAGGCAAAGAUGUUGUGGUGGAGCUCAAGAAUGACUUGAGCAUAUGUGGAACAUUACACUCAGUAGAUCAGUAUCUGAACAUCAAACUGACAGAUAUCAGUGUCACAGAUCCAGAGAAAUAUCCCCACAUGUUGUCAGUGAAAAACUGCUUCAUACGUGGGUCAGUGGUGCGGUAUGUUCAGCUUCCAGCAGAUGAGGUGGACACACAGCUGUUACAGGACGCUGCACGCAAAGAAGCUAUGCAACAGAAGCAAUGAUGUGUCCGUACUGGGAAUAGUUUUCUUUUUUUGUUCACAGUUCUUUUUGUUGAAAUGUUCAAAAGUCAUCUGUGGUGCAUUGUAGAUUAAAAAAUAUUUUUCUUACCUGAAAUUAUAUGUAAAGUUUGUAACCUGUAAUUUUUUUAUUUGUUAUUAUUAUUUUUUUUUUUUAUCUCUUUUGUCUCUUUGAGGCAUACGCCCAGUAAUGAGAGGCUGUGAAUUUUUUUUGUUGUAUGCUUUUAAUGAUUGUUUUGAAAGGGUCUGCGCUCCACUAAACUGACUAGGUUGUAUUUUAGUUAAGUUCUACAGACCUACAGAAAUAAAGGAAUAAAAAUGUUUUCUACCAUUGUCUCUA